CUAACAUCGAUAAUCGCUAUUAUAACUAUCUUUAUAGCUAGCUGUUCUUUUACUUUGUCUUUAUCCGGUUGGUACGUGUCAACAGUUGCCCGGGGGAAACAGACGCCCGGCAGUUGGAUAAACAGUUCCAGUAUACGGCAUUGCUCACCUUAGACAAACUCAUUUGGACUCAUUUUAACACGAGUUAUAUUCAGUUGAGUGUUUCAGUUUUAAUUACAUGUUAAAACAACGGAAUAGUCACGAAUUUGAGAAAAUAGUCUUAGCUCUCUACGCCUCUUACGUUUAAUAUUCAAAAAACAUGGCGGCGGCGUCCUUGAGCAGCACAGGGAGCGUGCUGCUGCAGAGUGCUUUGGCCCGGUCCGGCUCAUUAUGCAGAGCCCUCCACGUCACUGCAGUGUGCUGCAAGAAUCGAGCAGCCCGUGUCCGAGUGGGGAAAGGAGACAAACCUUUGACCUAUGAGCAAGCACUUCCUCCUCAUCACAUCGCCCAUCGCAAAGGAUGGCUGUCACAGAACACCAGUAACCUGAGAGGAGAGCAGGGUGCGGCUGAGCGGACCACCGAGGACCUGUUCCUGAGGCGCUUCGUGUUCGGGACCUUCCACGGCUGCCUGGCCAACGAGAUCGUGAUCAAACGGCGCGGCAACGUGCUCGUAGUGUGCGCUCUGAUGCUCCAGAAACUCCCCCCGCAGAAGUUCUACUUCCUGAUUGGCUAUUCAGAGUCACUGCUGUCACACCUGUACAAGUGCCCGGUGAAGCUCGAGGUUCAGACCCUGCAGGACAGAGCUGUGUACAAGUACCUCUGACGGAUCUGUGUAGUACUCAAACUGACUGGGCCCCCACCUGCUGGGUUUAGUUCUGCUAUUAAAAUGGUGACUUUGUCCCUGGCUCCAUCCUCUGUUUUCAAUUGUCAAAAGGUGUAUUUUGCUUUUGUUGAACUAACUCUCGGAAUUAAAGAGAAUGAAAUCUUGCGUG